UCUCGAGUGGCCUCGCCUUCAUCAGUUCAGCCUUCAGGCUAACUUCGUUUCAGUUGGUUUGGAUCCGCUUCGCUACGUCUAUAACAGAAAAUAUUCGAAAUGGAGCAUUCCAUCGGGAAGUCAAUGUCGUUCAACAAUCCCGUUUUCACCAGUUACCUCUUCUAUUGCUCUCUUCUGGUGCUCAAAGUACUGAUGAUGGUCCCUUUGACGGCAAGGUGGCGAUUUUCGAAAAAGGUGUUCGCUAAUCCCGAGGACACGAAACUCUCGCCGAAAAGCCAAGUAAAAUUCGACGAUCCUGAUGUCGAGCGUGUCAGAAGAGCCCACCUCAACGAUUUGGAGAACAUCCCAGUUUUCUUUGUAGCAGCUUAUACGUACCUAUUGACGAAUCCGAACCCAUGGUUGGCCAUCACACUGAUGAGGUCCUUCGUCCUGGCGAGAUUCGCGCACACCCUCGUCUAUGCGGUCGUCGUCGUGCCACAACCGGCGAGAUUUCUUGCUUUUAUGGUCGGCUACGGUAUAACUGCUUAUAUGGCCGUUGUCUCUGCCCUUUCUUUUUGUAGUUAGAAAAGGUUUAAAUGAAGCUUAACGACUUCUUUUACUCAUUUGUUAUAAAUUUAGUUUUAUUGCAAAUUUUUAAUAAAUACUAUAACAAAAUA